AACUCAUUUCCGCUCCCACAGCACAACCGACGCCGCCCUCUUCCACAUGACUGAUCAUUCCACCAUUCACGGCGGUGUAAAAUCGUCGAAUCAACCUUCCUCUACUCCGCCGCCUAACGAUUCAUCUCUAAUCGGAGGCUUCGAUUCCGACUUCGUUGUCAUCCUCGCCGCGCUUCUCUGCGCCCUAAUUUGCGUCCUCGGUCUCGCCGCCGUCGCUCGCUGCGCCUGGAUCCGCCGGAUCUCUGCCGGAGCCGCCGAUCCUCCUCCGCCUCCGGCCAACAAAGGCCUGAAGAAGAAGAUCCUCAAGUCCUUCCCCAAGCUCAGCUUCGCCCCCGAACUCGCCUCCAAAUUCUCCGAAUGCGCCAUUUGCCUCACGGAGUUCGCCUCCGGAGACGAAAUCCGAGUCCUGCCUCACUGCGGCCACGGCUUCCACGUCGGAUGUAUUGACACUUGGCUCGGAUCUCACUCCUCCUGUCCGUCUUGCCGCCAGAUCCUGGUGUCCUCCAGGUGCCACAAGUGCGGCGAAUUUCCGGCUCCUACCUCUUCAUCCACCGCCGCCGCCGCCGCACCUGUCGCCGACACCAGAUUUGCUCCCAGUGCCUAUCACGUAAAUCCUUUUUUACCUUAAUUAGUUUAGCUAGGAUAGCUUUACUCCACUUUUCUGUAUGUAUGUAUGUAUAUAUACCAGUGUACUGUGUAAAACCUAUUAUCACCAGUAAAUUACAAAUUAAUAACCGUUUAAUUGAACUA